UUGCUAUGUCAAAGUUGUAUAAGACACUUUAAUGGGAAUAAGUCUUCUUAUGUCAAAAACUUCAAUAUCAUUCAGCACUUGUCCCCCUUCAAAAUUUCAUCUCUCACUUCUUCACCCCACCUCUCUCUCCCCCUACGUAUAUAUAUAGCUUCUGAUGUCUCUGUUCGGCAGAACUUGUAUAGAACACAUACCGCGGGGAGGACUGUUUAGUGCUCCAGUGGGUGGCUGUGGCCCGGGCAGGUAUGAGGGAGUUUAUUGAGUACUUUAUUCUUCUUUUUGAAUACUUAUUUGAAGAACUUCUUGGGUAUGUAGUAGAUGCCUUGGAUAUUGUAGCCGACGAGCUUAUUGCAUUCCGUCUUGACUUUGGUUAUUUGCUUGGGGAUCUUGUUCGUUUUUUACUAUGUCGAAUUGCUUAAAAUAUCUGGAACUUUAGUUCCCACUCUAAAAGUUGUAAUCUUUUAUGAUUUUUUUGCCUCAUGAUGAUAUAGUGGACUUGUUGAGUGAAGUGGGUAUUGAGGCUUGUAAAAUAAAAUCGGUAUUUGAGAGUUGCUUUUAUAGUUCUGGACAGUGAAGUAUUUGGCCAAGUUGGUAGACUAUAAUUUUACGAUUUGAUUUAAUUGUUCUAGUAAUGGGUUCGAUUCAGAAUACAGUUUAUUACUGUUGUGUGGCGAAGGGUAGUCGGGUUCUCCAUGAACACAGUAGUGGAGAUCAUGAAAUGGAGAGUUUAGCUUUAUUGUGUUUGGAAAGAACUCCUCCGUUUCAUAAGUUGUAUUUUGAGACAAUGGGAAAGAGAACCUUUGGUUUUUUGAUUGAAGAUGGAUAUGUUUAUUUCAUGAUAGUCGAUGAGAAUGUUAGCAACCCUGGAGUUCUUCAGUUUUUGGAGCAUCUUAGAGAUGAGUUUAAGAAGGUAGCCAAAUGGGGUUCAAGGGGAAGUUUGUCAAGUAUGAACUCUAUUUCUGUACAAGAGCAACUACUUCCUGUUAUACGCCACUUGAUUUCGUCCUUAGAGAAUGUUUCCCAAGGAAGUAGAGGCUGGACAGGUGUUACCCCAUUGAUUCAUGCCGGUUCAUCUCCAUCGCCAAGUAGUGCAAAUGGGCAAAUUGAAGUUUCGACUUCCACAAAAGCUCCUUUAUUAGGCAAGUCUAGCAAACAAGAGAAGAAGGCAAAGGAUCAUGUAAUUGCAAUGAGAGAUGUUGAAUUGGAGGAGCAUAGGAAAUCAACAGAUCAUAGAGGAGUUAACAUUGAUUUGAAUUCAGCAACUUUAGAUUCUUCUAAUCACGGUGGAUCCAGUUCUUCAAUUCCUUUACAAAAGGAGUUGGGCUCAAUGAGGAUCAGAUCAAAUACUCCAAGCAUUCGAAAGAAGUGGUGGCGUCAAGUACGUAUAGUGCUUGCUAUAGAUGUUGCUGUCUGUCUGGUACUGCUCAUGAUUUGGUUAUUCAUCUGUCGUGGUGUUGAGUGCAUCCGUUGAAAGUUUUACACUUCUGUAUAAUUUAUAAAUGAUCGAGGCUUCACAUAAGAUUAAGAUUUCGAAAGUUGCUGGAUGUCCCUGUAUGUAAUUUAAAUCCCUGAAAAUGAUGAUCAUUUGGUCAUAGAGUCGGAAACAAGCUAUACUGAACUUUGUCAAUUAAAAUUUACCAAUUUGGAGUUGGAGGAAUGUGGUUUGAGACAUUCGUUGGUUGAGAUCGGAUUUAGAUCAUUGUACAGUUCUCAUAGCUUUUAUGCUAUAUGCAAAUGGAAAUUUUAUGAGAUAUUGGCAUCU